AUGGCCAAUAUCUACUAUCUGAACAAUCCACCCAAUCCCCUUUGGGAUUUUAUGGGCACUUCGCUCGAGGACCAUCCCUUCUUUGCUCCUCGCGGUCAUCAUCCUCACCCUCAUCACCACCGUGAUCACCACCGCCGCGGUCCAUUCUGGGGAUGGGGUGCCCAGCCUCAGAACGAACCCACUCGCGAGCCCGAAGCAAACCAGACUUCAGCACAAGAGUCCGAUCCAACCCCGGGUCCUUCUACCGAACAAGAGAAGCGCAAUACGGAGAAAGAAGCCGCGUCCUCUGGGUCCGACACUGAAACCUUUGGCCACUAUGGUCGUUGUGGCGGUAAGAACAAGGGACGCGGUGGAAAAGGAAGACAUGGCCAUGGCCAUCAUCAUAAAGGCUUCCAUGGGCCCCCUCCUCCCGGUCCAUAUGGGUACCCAGGCCAUCCCUUCUGGGCAGCUGGUCGUGGUCGCGGCCCUCGUCCCCACGGAUGUCGCGGCGGUCGAGGAAGACACCACGGUGGAAAUCCUCGAUCCAACGCCGGGCCCCAGGGUCCAGGCUUCGACUUCUUGCGUGGACUCGCAGAACAGUUUGGCUUCCCAAUCAACGAGCAAGCCGGCGAAGGUUCCGACUUUACGCCUCCUGUUGAUGUAUUUGACACUACCGCCAAUUACAUUGUGCACGUCUCUCUUCCCGGUGCAAAGAAAAAUGACUUGAGCAUCGACUAUGAUGCUGAUGAGUCUGCUCUCCGCCUUGCAGGAGUUAUCUAUCGUCCCGGCAUGACCGAAGACUUGCACGAGGCUCUUGUUAUGGAGGAGCGAGCUCGCGAAGUCGGCGUCUUUGAACGUGAAGUCCGUUUGGGAAGUCGAGAGGCUCCGGCCGAUAUCUCUGUCGACGAAAUUUCGGCAAAGCUCGAGGAGGGUGUCUUGGUAGUUACCUUGCCGAAGAUUGUUCGUCAGCCUGAGCCGAAGAAAAAGGUUGUCGUUGAAGAUGGCAACUCCUUGAAUGAGAAAAGCCCUGCCUACACCUCCGAGCGAGCAAGUGUGACGAUGACCCCCACUGAGUCCGAGGACGAAAGCGACGAAGAUGAGGGCGAGACGAAGGAGUAUGUGAAGAUCCCCGUGGAGUAA